AGCGUGCUGCUCGUUUGAAUCGUUGCGGACGGUACAAGAACCGUCAAUCCGCCUUUUAAGCGUAUGAUUAACAUUUAACAUUUUAAACCACACACACCGCAUGUUUAUUUGAACUAUUUUGCGCAAUAAAAGCACUUAUUUGUCCGUGGACUGCGGGUAGUGCAGACCUCAGUAUUUUUAAACUCAUGCUGCUUGCCUAGUAGAUAAAGACUUUUUGAAAUAAGCAGAAAAUGGCAACAAACGAGCUGUCAAUGAAGCUUAACCGCCGGCUGCAAAUAGAGGAGGGCGCGGAGGAACCCGUGGCCGUAGACGAGCAGCAUGAAAACGGAGGGGAUGAGAAACCAACAACCGCGAACGCCGACUCUGAACUGGGGGCUAAGCUGCAGCGUCGUGGCGAACUGAACGAAGGUGUAGGCGAGCAUCAGCAGCCCAGUAUGAAGGUGUUCAACCCUUACACCGAAUUCAAGGAAUUCUCCAGGAAGCAAAUUAAAGACAUGGAGAAAAUGUUCAAACAAUAUGACUCGGAGAAAGAUAACUACAUUGACCUGAUGGAACUCAAGCUGAUGAUGGAGAAGCUGGGAGCUCCGCAGACUCACCUGGGCCUGAAGAACAUGAUCAAAGAAGUAGACGAGGACUUGGAUGGCAAGCUUUGCUUUAGAGAGUUCCUCCUGAUCUUCAGGAAGGCAGCCGCAGGGGAGCUGGCCGAGGACAGCGGGCUGCAUGCAUUGGCACGGCUCUCUGAAAUCGAUGUAUCUACAGAGGGUGUGAAAGGGGCAAAGACCUUCUUCGAAGCCAAAGUCCAGGCCAUUAAUGAAUCGAGCCGUUUCGAGGCAGAGAUCCGUCAUGAGCAGGAAGAGAAGAAACGACAGGCAGAGGAGAAGAAACAGAGGAAAGCUGCGUUCAAGGAGCUGCAGUCUGCCUUCAAAUGACCUCCUUCGCCUGCCCUGUCGAUCCCUGCUUCAAGCACCCGCCUCUUCUCCCUUUCUGUCUGUCCGCGUCACUGUUCGGUUUCUCAAACAGAGCUCCCUUAGCAGAGAUACUAUGCAAAGCUUUAAGUGAUGUCUGUUCAAAGUUUGCUUUCUGAAAAAGGAGAUAAGAGUAGAAUUGACCUGGUAAUGGCUAAAUAAGUAGUACACAGUGAGCUGAAAUGGUUUUACUCACAUCCUCAUUGAUCCUCCUCUCAAGUGGAUUUUGAACAGAUUUGGCAUCCUCUGAAGCACUUAUCUGCCUACACUGGACUGGAUGUGUCACUUGGCUAAUUUGUACUCCAUUCAAAGUGUGUCUGUGCGUGCGUGCGCGUGAUCUCAUUCUGGGUCACUUGAUUUCGAUUUUAUUCCUAUGAUGGUCAAAUAAUUAUAGUACACAGGGGUAUAUUCAUUAAUAUUAAAGUAAAUGUGAGUUUAAAUUUUUUUGUUUUUGUGUGUAUGUUUUAAAUAUAUUUGCGCAUCCAGUCCUUUGUAUUUCCGUUGGUGGUAAUUAUGCACUGUAUCCACAGUCAUACAUUGUGCAUGUAAAUACUAGGUUCAGUGGUAUCCUUGCCGAUUAGGUUAGCACAGCAAUGCCUUUGGAACAGCAAACAUUAGUAAGUGCUCAACCUCACAUAACAGCCUAGAAUAAUCCAUAUUUUGACACUGGGUGGUAGUAGGAGUGUGUAUUUGUGACUGGUGAUUCUGGUUGUUGUGAUGGUGGUUGUGUUUCUGCAUGGCCACUGUGAUGUGUGCUGACAAUCUUGCCCCUGAUUUUCUGGAUCUUCUCUCCAUCAGUUUUUGUUGAUCCCUGUUCGUGCUGCUGUGUGUGACAAAUCUCUCCAAAUGUUGCUUGCAUGAACACUCACAAGCACCCAUUUUCAUAUGCUCACACGCAUACAGAAACAAAAUGUCUGACUGGGCGCACUGGGAGCUUUUGGCUUGAGACACCAAAAACCUCAGAAUAUUCCAAAACGUCUUACCAAGCUGCUGUUAUAGCACUGCAUUUAUUUGAAAUAAGGCUGUCCAAUAUUUUGACCACCCAGUGCUGUCAGCUUUUUGAUUUGCAGAGACCAAAAACAUUUAGUCUUGCAUAUUGUGCCGCAUUGGCACAUAAGCGAAUGAACGUUUUCUUUGCUUAGUUGUCUUUAAAUGAUGCAGCUGUUUUGUAGGCACCCAAUUUCCAUCUGUGUACAAGUCUAACUGUUCUGCUGAGGCAGUGCACUCAGGCCAUAAUUCUAGAAGACUCUUCUACUGUGCUGCUGGUUUUGUGUGUGUGAGUCAAACUAGGAACUGUGAGAUGUUUAUAGAAUAGGAGGAACAUAAAAAAAAUGAGAACUCACUUGCUCAGUUCAGCUGCUGGGUGUUGUAGCGUCAGUUGCCAGUGUUAUGCACUGUCCCGUACAGCUAGCUAGCUGUAAGCAUUUGGAGCUGUUUGUUGAUGCUUGACUUGUGAUGUGUCACAGCUAAACAAGAUCAGGUGCUGGCAUGAAAAUAUAGAUCAACUAGCCUCUCUGCACAACCCUUUAGAAGUAUGCUUGAAACAUCGUUCACACUGUAGUACUCUGGAAAGGUGAGCUCAAAUUAUAAUUUUUCUUUGUAUUGCCUUACACACACACACACACACAAAAUUAGCAAGACAUUUGCAUGAACAAGUAGACGGUGCAUGGAAUGCAACUGUAGACUGUCAAAUUAAAUGCUUAUUCUACAAAUAAAGUUUGGUUUAAUAUGGUGGAAAACCUGGGGAACGCUGAAGAUGCUACUCAUAAUAGAAUUGUCUUUAAGCACCCAAUUCUGUGAUUUUAAAGAAACUCAUGCAACUGGCAGCACACAACAUUACAGGUAACUAAGAGAUGUGUAAAGAAUAAAAUAUUUUUUCAUGAAAUAAAUUUAAGAUGCUUUUAGUUUUGUAUGGUAAAGGGGGUCUUGUGAAAAGAAUAUGUGCUUAUUAUUUUCUUGAAAUGGGCAUCACUGGUCACAACUUGUCUCCCUUAUGAAAAAUGUCCAUAUAUAUCAGCUGUUCACAUUUGAUGUGGUAUUCUGUGAUUAAACAUUUACUGUUUUUGUUUUUUGUUGUUUUAUUUUGGGGACAGAUGUGGACUAUUGCUAUGCAUCACUUUGUAAAUUUAAGCACAGUAUGUUUGGAGUCACUGGCAACUUGUCUAGUAUUGAGAAAAUGCAAACAAUAGACGCAUGAAUAUGUUUCACGUUUCUAGACUUUCACUUUGUUUAUUUUCAUGUGAUGUGAUGUUUUUCCUUUUAAUGUAAUCAGAUAUCCUGCAGAUUAAAAACACCAUGGAUAAUGAGGGAUGAAUAUUUGUAGAGUAUGUGAGUAUCAGUUGCCAAAAUAAUGGAAACACUUGAGUAAAUCAGAAUUAUAAGAAAACGUUUACUUCAGCACAGGGCAUAUUUAAGUUAAGCAAGCCAUUUAUUUACCAUUCAGUGUAGUCUAAUAUAAAAGUCCUUUAUUGCAGAACUUCUGCUCUGAAAAAUGUCCUCAUUUGCAAUGAAAAUAGUUCCCCAUCCAGAGAGCAGAAGUGGUCACUGAAUGACCUUUACCAUUUAAGAUAAUGUAAAAUGUGUCUGCCCUCUCAAGCAACAAGCUUACUGAAGACAGCACUGUUUGUUGUUGGACAAUCUAGAAUGGCCACUGACAGUUUUAUAUCCAACCAAAAACAAAACUGAGUAAUGUAUGCAAAAUAUUAUGUAAUUUUUGUUUAAGCAUCAUUGAAAAACAUAUCUCUAUGGCCAUUCUAAAUUCUGAUAAGAAUUCACUUAUAUAAGUGGUCCAGUUGGCUUGCUUUUUAUUGCUGAGAGGGCAGUUGGUCACUUCUAUGCUCAGUACAUUACUCAAGUGUAUACAUUUUCUAUAUUUAAAUUAGAGGUUGGAAUAGGAGUUGCUUAAUUAUCUCAGGAACCACACCUGAGUUGUUGCACUAAUUUUCACUUAAUUUCUUAUUUUAUCCCUUAAUCACUUGAGUGUUUCCAUUCCAUAGGUACUUAAAUGUUAUUCAGUAAUUGGUGAAGAAGGGGCUAUUGCUUUCUAACUUUGCCUUCUCUGCAGAGAGCCUAAAUCCUGUAUUGUUCUAUGACCUCCUUGGUUCUGAUUUUCUGUCUUUGUAGUUUUACUGUAGACUUGUGCCAAACGUUUUAGCAGAGUUCAGUUCCUUUACUUGUUCAAUUAAACAUUUCCUAAAACAAA